UCCUCCUCCCCUGUGUCCGGGCGGUACAAGCCGCUCAGCUCCUUCAUUCCGCCUUAUUGUCUGUGCUCUCCCCAGGACAUGGCCCCGCGCCCGGUUGCCCCCAGUGCCCAGCUCCCCGGUGCCGCUGCGGAGCUCUGAGACCCCGGCCUCUACAGUUUACAGCCCCGAGCAUGGAGCUCGGCCGGCACAGCGCCGACAUCCUCCGCAAGAACCCGCAGCAGGACUUCGAGCUCAUCCAGAGGGUCGGCAGCGGCACCUACGGGGACGUCUAUAAGGCCAGGAACCUACAGACGGGCGAGCUCGCUGCGGUGAAGAUCAUUAAGCUGGAGCCUGGUGAUGACUUCUCUCUAAUUCAGCAAGAAAUCUACAUGGUGAAGGAAUGCAAACACAUCAACAUCGUGGCGUACUUCGGCAGCUAUCUCUGCCGGGAGAAGCUGUGGAUCUGCAUGGAGUAUUGCGGUGGAGGGUCCCUCCAGGACAUAUAUCACGUCACCGGACCGCUCUCCGAAAACCAAAUUGCCUACAUGUGCCGGGAAACCUUACAGGGUCUGGCGUAUCUGCACAGCAAGGGCAAAAUGCACAGAGAUAUCAAGGGCGCCAACAUACUCCUCACAGACAAUGGAGAUGUCAAACUAGCGGACUUCGGGGUGGCAGCAAAGAUAACGGCGACCAUCGCCAAGAGGAAGUCGUUCAUUGGGACGCCAUACUGGAUGGCGCCAGAGGUGGCGGCGGUGGAAAAGAAUGGAGGCUACAACCAGCUGUGCGAUAUCUGGGCCGUCGGCAUCACCUCAAUAGAACUGGCAGAGCUGCAGCCGCCAUUGUUUGACCUGCAUCCGAUGAGAGCUUUGUUCCUAAUGUCAAAGAGCAACUUCCAGCCUCCAAAGCUAAAAGAGAAGCUGAAAUGGACUCCGGUGUUUCACAACUUCAUCAAAGUCUCUCUCACCAAGAACCCAAAGAAACGGCCGACUGCGGAGCGACUGCUGACGCAUACUUUCGUGGCUCAAGGAGGUCUCUCCAGAUUAAUGGCGUUAGAACUCUUGGAUAGGGUCAACAAUCCGGACCACCACCACCAUUAUAUCGAGCCUGAUGAUGAUGAUCUUGAGCCGAUACCCGCUGGGCGCCAUACCAUCAAGUCUACAAACAAGAGAGCGGAGAGGACGGUGUCCGAGCUGAACUUUGACAAGCUGCAGUUUGAGCCUCCACUCAGGAAGGAGACCGAGGCCAAUGAAGUGGGCAUCAACUGGAAUCCUUUUGCAAAUGGAGCAAACCACGAUUCCACCAUGAAACGAGCUGUUCCUCCACCGCUGCCCCCCAAGCCACAGAGAAUGAACAGCUGCCCGGAUGAAAGCAUGGCCGAGGACGAGAGGUCCAACACAAUCAAACAUCAGCCAGAUAACCGAGCUUACCGGAGGCAAAGCUCCCCAGGUUGUGGUCGCCAUACGGCUCCCCCUCAUAAUCAUGUCCUCCCUAGCAGCAUCAGCUCCCCUGGAUUGUACCGCUGUAAAUUCUAUCAGUUGGGGAAUGGAGACAGUCCUAUCAGAUUAGGAAGUCCAACCGGAGACGGCUCAAAACCCCAACUUCAGCAAAAGAAGGACAAGAAGGAUUUUCCAAAACCUACGAUAAACGGAUUACCACCCACUCCCAAAGUGCUGAUGGGAGCCUGUUUCUCCAAAGUCUUUGAUGGUUGUCCUUUAAAGAUAAAUUGUGCAACAUCCUGGAUACACCCGGACACCAAAGACCAGUACCUGAUCUUUGGCACCGAGGAUGGGAUCUACACGCUAAAUCUUAAUGAACUACAUGAAGCCACGAUGGAGCAGCUAUUUCCUCGGAAGUGCACGUGGCUGUAUGUGAUCAAUAACACCCUCAUGUCAUUGUCAGAAGGUAAAACUUUACAGCUUUAUUCACACAAUCUAAUUGGUCUCUUUGAACAAGCCAAAAAGCCUGGACUGGCCGCACAUAUCCAAACGCAUCGCUUUCCAGAUAGAAUAUUACCCAGGAAGUUUUCCCUGACUGCAAAGAUCCCGGACACAAAGGGCUGCCACAAGUGCUGUAUUGUAAGAAACCCAUAUACAGGACACAAGUAUCUGUGCGGGGCGCUGCCAUCGGGCAUAGUGCUGCUGCAGUGGUAUGAACCCAUGCAGAAGUUUAUGCUGAUACGGCAUUUCGACUUUCCCCUUCCCUGUCCGUUAAAGGUCUUUGAAAUGUUGGUAAUACCGGAGCAGGAGUACCCAAUGGUGUGUGUGGCGGUCAGCAAAGGUGUGGAACCCAAUCAGGUGGUACAGUUUGAGACCAUAAACCUGAGCUCAGCCUCCUCCUGGUUUACAAAGACUGGCACAGAAGAUCACCAGAUCGAUGCCAUACACGUGACGCAGCUGGAGAGGGAUACUGUCCUAGUCUGCCUUGACCAAUAUGUAAAAAUAGUCAACCUUCAGGGAAAACUUAAAUCCAGUAAAAAGCUGGCCUCUGAGCUGAGCUUCAAGUUUCUGGUCGAGUCUGUGGUCUGCCUGCAGGACAGUGUGUUAGCUUUCUGGAAGCACGGCAUGCAGGGAAAAAACUUUAAAUCCAACGAGGUUACACAAGAGAUAUCUGAUGAAUCCAGGGUCUUCCGCCUGCUGGGAUCAGACAGGGUCGUCGUCUUGGAAAGCCGGCCGACCUCAAACCUAACGGCUCACAGCAACCUGUACAUCUUGGCCGGGCACGAGAACAGCUACUAGGCACUUUGCAUGAUGCCAACGACAUAGGAAUUUCAUUUCCAUCAUAAACUCCUCCUGUUCGGGACUCUCGGAAGUUGUAUUGCGACUUGUAUUUUUUUUGAUCAUAUCUGUAUUAUUUGGUAGUUUUUCUUGUUUUUAACCUUUUUGUUUGUGCUGCUGGAAACAGCGAGAUCUCCUUUCACCACUAUGUGGUGUUGGUUUUUUAUUUGGUUGCUUAAUAAAAAGCUGUGACGUAUGGCCCCUUAAGGAUCGGUGGAAGGGGGUGGAGGGAGACCGAGGACUGCCGUCUCUUUCCCAGAAUAUAGGGGUGCCUUGAUGUGUUCUCUUUUUUUUUUCUUCCUUUUCCUGAGUGAAUGUAGGAAAUCGGGUUGGAUUUUUCUGCGUAAUCUGUAGCUUUAACCGCAGCGCCACUUACGCUACAUGAGUAGACUGUUGGCAUUUAUGUGUAUGGACAUCGACGCACCAUUUUAGAUGAGUGGAGAUGCAACCUAUGGAUGGAGUCUCAGUGCAGUCUCGUCGUAUGCUUCCCCUGGUUGUUUCAUCGGCAGUACAAUGAUAGGAAUUUGAUAUGGGUUCCUAGAGCAGGGGCCCUCUGACUUUUAGGGUACGGCCAUGGAGGGGGAGCAGAAUUUUUGCAGCAGAUUUCCAUGCGGGUUUGCAGUGGGUUUUACCCCAUGAAAUCUGCAGUGUGUGUAACCUGAUAAUUUACGCUGCAGAGUUUAAAUCUCCUCCACUUUGCUGUUCCAGUAAAUUGCUGAGGAUUUUCCGCACACAAUUGCCUUAUGUUAAAAUCCUCAGCAUUUACGCCACGUGCGGCCAUGCCUGAAGUGUUCAUAACCGGCAACUGCUGCGCUGAAAAUCACUCCAUGUCAUUUGUGACAGACCCUUAAAAGCUAGAGUCCAAAAGGAGCUGUGACUGAAGCUUAAAGGGGUAUCUGGGAGUCAAAUAUUGUGUGUGGGUUUGGUCUCUGGGUCACCCCCGGUCAGGCAGGGUGAGGGGGCCCCUUCAUUCUUUACACAGGCCGUCCGUUUGUGCAUGGUACUGAGCUGCAGUACCGGACACAGCCAUACUUGUAUAAUGGUGCUGUGCCUGCAUAGAAAAUGAAGGGGCCACAGUGCUCCCGCGUCCUGCAUUGUGCUUCUUGUCAGAGGUCCCCUUCAUCUUUGACACCCAGAAACCACUUUAAGUUUUUUUUUUUUACAUUGCAAAUGACCCUUAUUCCUCUAUAUUACAUUGUCUUGAGGGAGAUGCACCAUUUUGUCUCAUCUGAUCUGCCACCAAUGUCAGAUAGGAGGGAGUCUCACCUCUGGAUACCCACAUCUCCAGAAUGGGACCCCCGAAGUGAGCAGAGAGCAUCUGCACAUGCCAGGCAGCCCUCCAUUCAUUUUUAUAGGACUUCCGAAAAAAGUCAAGUGCUGGCUCAGCUAUUUCCGGCAGUCCUAUAGAAGUGAAUGGAGCGUUGGCUGCGCUUGCGCAGUAUGCUCUCUAUUCAUUUCUAUGGGACUUUGCUUGGCUUUUUUCUGAACGCCCAUAGGAAUGAGUAGAGGGCACGCUAUACAUGCACAGUGCGCUCUCCUUCACUAUCGGGGGCCCUUUUUUACAUAGGUGUGGGUCCCACCUCUGAGACCUGCACCUGUCCUAGAGAUAUGCCACCAAUUUCUCAGGUGAAACAAUCCCUUUAUGGUUUGGCGGUCGAUCAUACCGGUCCCGGUUGCCUUCCUGCUUCCUUUUGGAUUCUCUAACUGUAUAAAACUUUGGUCUGUUGGGAAACGAUCACUCCUAGUCUGGUGGGAGUUGUAGUCUCCAGUGCUAUUGCCAUAAAGCGAUUUCCUGCUGUUACAUACGUACUGUCCAGUCCGCCUUCGCUGUGACUCUCUUCUUUCUGAUCUUCUGCCAUGAUGAAGCACCUCGGGGGGGUGGAUGUAUAGAUGGAGGCUCUGGUGCCAACUUUUUACUUGCCAACUGUGAUUACAGUCUACGGUAUAGCAUAUAACGCUCCACCCCCGGUGCUAUCCUGGCGGAGGUGCUGUAUUCUCGCAGCGGCCCCAGUGAGCGACACUACAGGUCAUGUCUAUAGAACCAGAUCUGCCUUCUGUAAAUUAGAGCAUUGUCUUCCUAUUUAUUAAUCGCCUGCGCUCGAGUGCUCCUUUAUCUGCUUGGUCUUUGCAGCAGAUUGUAUUUUUAACUUUUGUAUAGCGGAACUUUUAAUGCGUACUCCGUUUUAGUGCCUUCUCAUUAUACCUAUACGGACGGAAGCCAUUACGUGCGAGAUCAGCGAGGAAUCCGGAAUCCUCGGGUUAUGUAUUAUAAUAAGGAUCUAUCUUCCAGGGUCGACCUCUCUGUAUAUUUAUCAUUGACUCUUCUAAUCCCUGCGUAGCUCCUGUUUUAGGAAUGAUCUUAGCAUUAAUACUUGAGGCCAAAGUGUUCCUUGCUGCCGUUUCUGGCAAUGUGGCGUCGGUGCCUCCAUGGCCGCGCUUCCACCUCGUGUGGAGGCCGCGAUCCGUUCUCCAGCCGCACACAGCGCUUGUACCAAAGGAGCCAUUUGUAUCCUCUGUGUGGGCUUUUUUUAUUUUUUUUCAAGUACGUUGCCGGCUGUUACUUUAUAAGGAAUUGGAUUAUUAUUUUUUUAUUUUCUCUGAUGUGAACACAAGAAAUUACCAAAGGCUUCCCGUCUGUAAUCUCUCCGGUGUUCCUCUUGCAUACGUGUAUUGAGAUUUGAGAAAACUGAAAUAAACCUUGCUAAUAUUU